CUGGUUUUGCAAAAUCAUCAACAACUAUCACACCUACAAACUUACAUAGAAAGAAAGGAGAGAGAGAUGGAAGUUCUUCCACAUUUUAGCCAUGUUCAUCCUCUGGUUUUCAAUGAUGGGAGAAGCCAUGAAAGUGAGGAGGUUUAUUGUUGUGCGUGUGGGGAGUUGGUGUCAGGUCCAAGGUUUAGUUGCGUGGACUGUGGGUUUCAUCUUGACAAGAACUGUGCUGAGGCACCUGUUGAGAUGAACCACCCCUUUCAUCGCCAACAUAACCUUAAGCUUAUGAAAAGCUCUCCAUAUGUUGAAGGUAUUUUUGUGCAAAGACCAUUUUUGUGUCCGAUGUGUUGGAAUUGCUUUCUCUUGCAUGAGCGGAGGACACGAACACCUUCUUCUCUCGUACCUCAGGUAUCUUGGGGGGUACUGUAAUGCUUGCGGUGGCAGUACUGAUGAUUAUGCAGUAUAUAGCUGCAAGGUUUGCAAUUUUAAUGUACAUGAUCAAUGUGCCACUUUACUACCACAAACAACUUGGCACAAAUCAGACAGACAUUGUUUGAUCCUCACCUACCAUGAAGAUAAUGAUUAUUCACAAUAUCAUUAUUGUGAUGUCUGUGAAAAAGAAAGAAGCCCUAAUACUUGGUUUUACCAUUGUCCAAUUUGUGAUAACUCAGCACACCUUUCUUGUAUUUUGAGAGGUGAACCAUUUCUCAAGCGUGGGAUCAAAAUCAAAGAAAGUGAUCAUCCACACACUCUCAUGAUUGUGGAGAAGGUUUAUGAUUAUCCUGAAUGUCACAAAUGUGGUCAUCGUUGCAUGGAUUUGGCUCUUGAGUGUUUGGAUGCAGAAUGCAAAUACAUUAUCCACUGGAAAUGCAGCACAACCUUCCAAUACUUCAGAUCGGCAUAAUGAAUACUGUUGCUUUGACAGUCAAUUGAUGCAGAGGUUGCUGAUGAUCACAGCAAAAAGUUGUUAGUUGUUUAGGUUUUUUUCAUCGUCUUCUUUGUAAGUACAUAUGAUUUCCUUGUUUUAAGUCAUAAUUUAAUAAUGUACAAAAUGUUUGCAUAAUAAAAUUUACUUUGUACAGCUUUAAUGUAA